AUGGCGUGUCCGCAACAUCCUGCUUGCGGGUUUUACCAGGUCUUUGAAAGUGUGGCCAAAAAAUAUGAUGUAAUGAACGAUUCAAUGACUCUAGGGAUUCAUCGAGUGUGGAAGGAUAUCCUCGUGCAUAAAAUGAACCCUUCCCCAGGAACACUUCUGCUUGAUGUUGCUGGAGGAACAGGUGACAUUGCCUUUCGCUUCAUUAACUACGUCCGCUCGGCACGAGAGCGGCAGCUCCAGAGGAAGCUCAGACACCAGCAGGAUUUAUCGUGGCAGGAGAUUUCUGAGAGUUACCAGGAAGACAAAUCUAAUUCACUCGGGGAUUCCCAAGUGGUGGUCUGUGACAUUAACAGAGAAAUGCUAAAAGUUGGGAAGCAGAAAGCACAGCAUCUUGGCUACUCUGAAGGUUUGUCUUGGGUGCUUGGAAAUGCUGAAGAGUUGCCCUUUGAUGAUGAUAAGUUUGAUGUUUACACAAUUGCCUUUGGAAUCCGAAAUGUAACUCGUAUUGAUUUGGCACUUCAGGAGGCCUAUCGUGUGCUGAAACCAGGAGGAAGAUUUCUCUGCCUUGAAUUUAGUCACGUCAGCAACCCCCUUCUUUCCAGGCUCUACGAUCUGUACAGUUUCCAGGUUAUCCCUGUCCUGGGUGAGGUUAUCGCUGGUGACUGGAAGUCUUACCAGUAUCUUGUGGAGAGCAUCCGACGUUUCCCCCCUCAGGAGGAGCUGAAAGCAAUGAUAGAAGAUGCGGGGUUUUUUAAAGUGGAUUAUGAGAAUUUAAACUUUGGCAUCGUUGCCAUUCACUCAGGUUUCAAACUGUGACUCUGCUAUGUAGCAAAGCACAAGAAGUGUGAUUUUCCUGAGGAAGACAAAGGCUGUGAAAUU